CUGGACUCGAACCCUCCCUCCUCCUGCACCUACACGUCCCUCCAUCUGUGGCCGGAGCAGCCGCACUCUCGCUGCGUCUCUGCGCGCCGCCGGACCGCUGCAGCCGCCUUGGUGUCGCGCCGCGCAGCUCCGAGGACCUGGAGAAAAGAAGGAGCGGGCGAUUUUCUUCGUCCUCAUUUCUGGAUUUAUUCGUCCACCCGCCUCCGACAUGCCGCCCGGGAGUGAAAGUGUGGCGUGGAUCAGCGCGAUGUUGGCCGCGCUGCAGCUCGCGUCCUGCGGGACUGAAGCAGACGUGUGCGACAGUCCGCUGGUGUCAAAUCUGCCGCUGCCGUCGUUCAGAAGUUCCUCGCAGCUCUCCAGCAGCCACGGGCCGAUGUUCGCUAAAGUCAACAGGAGAGAAGGAGCCGGAGGUUGGUCCCCCCUGGUGUCGGACAAGUACCAGUGGCUCCAGGUGGACCUGGUCAGGAGGACGCGCAUCACGGCCGUGGCGACGCAGGGGCGGUACGGCAGCUCCGACUGGAUGACGGCGUACCAGCUGAUGUUUAGCGACACCGGACACAACUGGAGGCUGCACCGGCAGGAGGACAGCUUUGGGGCGUUUCCUGGAAACAGCAACGCAGACACGGUGGUCCAAUACAAGCUAAUGCAGCCGGUGAUCGCUCGCUACCUCCGUCUGAUCCCGCUGGAGUGGAACUCUUCCGGCCGGAUCGGACUGAGACUGGAAAUAUAUGGAUGUCAAUACACCUCCGAUGUGGCCAACUUCAACGGCGGCAGCAGUCUGGUCUACAGGACCAAGCAAAGAGCCACCAGGGCGACGUCUGAAGUCAUCUCUCUGAAGUUUAAGACGCUGGCUAACUCGGGGACGCUGCUUCACGCCACUGGACGGAGAGAUCGCAGCCUCACGCUGGUGCUAGAGAAGGGACAGCUGCUGCUUUACCACCAGCAAGGGGUGAGCUCCUCAGCUGACGGCCGCCUCCUGGUCUCGCUGGGAAGCCUGCUCGAUGACCAGCACUGGCACCACGUGAAGCUGGAGCGCCUCAGCUACUUCCUCAACCUGACGGUGGACAAAACCAGCCGGCAGAUCCAAACCCCGGCAGAGCUCAGCCACUGGGACGUCCACCAGAUCAGCGUCGGCGCGGUCCAGAGUCCUGGACUUCAGAAACCCAUCCUGUCCAACAAGAACUUCCAGGGCUGCAUGGAGAACCUCUUGUACAACGAUAUCAACCUGAUUGACCUGGCAGAGCGCAGACACCCGCAGGUCACAGCUCAGGGUAUUGUGACCUUCUCCUGCUCGGAGCCGACCUCAGUGGCCGUGACCUUCACAGACUCCCAGAGUUUCCUCCAGCUGCCGGCUCAGUGGUCUUCGCCGUCGGUCUCGGUGGCUCUGGAGCUGAGAACCUGGAACAGAGAGGGGCUCAUCUUGACCUUUGACCUGGCAGAGCAACAAGGCAGAGUGUGGCUGUACCUCAGCGAAGCCAAGCUACAUCUGCGGAUCAGCAAAAUAGAGAGGACUCUGCUGGAGCUCAGCGCUGGCUCCAAUCUGAACGACGGACAGUGGCACUCUCUGGAACUGAAGUGGCGACCGGACCAUCUGACCAUCACAGUGGACAUGAACGAAGGCGCGACCGCUCACGCCAGCGUCCCCGCGCCAUCAACGGACCAUCACAUGUUUUUUGGAGCUUGUCCGGCUCCAGGCGGCGGCCCAGAGUGUCGGAACCCUUUCCCGCCGUUCCAGGGCUGUGUAAGGCGCCUCACCCUGGACAACCAGACGGUCGACUUCAUCAAGGUGCAGCAAAGGAUGCUGGGCAAUUCCAGCCACCUGCAGAUUGACAUGUGUGGCAUCGUGGACAGGUGCUCACCAAGUCUGUGUGAACACGGAGGGACGUGCUCACAGUCCUGGACGGGCUUCAGCUGCUACUGUUCUGCCAGCGGCUACCGGGGGGCCACCUGCCACACAUCCUCCUAUGAGCAGUCGUGUGAGGUGUACAAACACCAGGGCGGCACGUCGGGUCACUACUACAUCGACGUGGAUGGAAGUGGACCCAUCAGACCUCAGCUGGUCUUCUGCAACAUGACAGACGAGUCGUGGACGGUGGUCCAGCACAACAGCUCAGAUGUGAGCAGGCUGCAGGCCUCUCAGGGAAACUCUCAGCUCUCUGUUCACUUCCACUAUGGUGCUGAUGAGCAGCAGCUUUCCCGGAUCAUCGGCCAAUCAGAGCGCUGCGAGCAAGAACUGGCGUAUUUCUGCAGGAAGACCCGCCUCCACAACACGGCAGAGGGGACGCCACUAAGCUGGUGGGUGGGAGGUCCUAGUCCUGGAGAGAUCCAGACCCACUGGGGUGGUGCUCAGCCCGGCAGUCGCCAGUGUUCCUGCGGUGUUCGAGGAAACUGUCUGGACCCUCGUCACUCGUGCAACUGCGACGCUGACUACGAUCGAUGGACGAACGAUUCAGGAUUCCUGACACAUAAAGAGACUCUCCCUGUCUGGUCCAUGGUGAUCGGUGACCUCCAGCGUCCGGGCUCAGAGGUUGGUUACCAAGUGGGACCUCUCCGUUGUCAUGGAGACAGGAACUUCUGGAACGCUGCGUUUUUCGACACCGAGACUUCGUACCUUCACUUCCCCACCUUUCACGGCGAGCUGAACGCCGACAUUUCCUUCCUGUUCAAGACCACGUCGUCCUCUGGCGUUUUCCUGGAGAACCUGGGGAUUAAGGAUUUCAUCAGGAUCGAACUGAGCUCUUCCGCUGAGGUGGUGUUCUCCUUCGACGUUGGUAACGGACCACUGGCAGUCACGGUGACGGCGACUGUCCCGCUGAACGACGACCGCUGGCACAGCGUGCGAGCUGAGAGGAAUGUGAAGGAGGCGUCGCUCCGUGUGGACAACUACCCCCCCACCACGCGCGAGGCGCCGACUGACGGCCACGCUCAUCUGCAGCUCAACAGCCAGAUGUUCAUUGGAGGCACCGCGUCCCGACAGAAAGGUUUCCUGGGCUGCAUCCGCGCUCUGCAACUCAACGGUGUCACUCUGGACCUUGAAUCUCGGGCUAAGAUCACGCCCGGGGUCCGACCUGGCUGCCCGGGUCACUGCAGCAGCUACAGCGCCCUGUGCAAGAACCAGGGCCGCUGUGUGGAGCGAGCCAGAGGUUUCUCCUGCGACUGCAGUCGCUCGGCUUUUGUCGGAGCUUUCUGUCACCAAGAGAUCUCAGCCAACUUCCAGCAGACCACCUCCAUAACCUACGUCUUCCCCGAGCCCUCGGACCUCAGCAGAAGAGCCUUCAGCAAAUCCUCUUCCAUCUACUCGGAGGUGACUCUGAGAGGCGAAAGCGUCGCGCUGAACUUCAGGACCAGUGUGACUCCUGCCGCCCUGCUCUAUGUCAGUUCCUUCUCUGGAGAGUACCUGCUGCUGCUCAUCAACCAACUGGGUGAGUUGGAGUUGAGGUACAAGUUGCACAGCAGCCGCGACGUGGAUGUGUUUCAGGGCCGUGGCUCAAACUUGGCGGACGGACGGCUGCACACGGUGGCGGUCAGGAGGCAGUCGGAGACCGUCUAUGUUCAGAUUGACGAAAAGCCUGGAGAAAAGUUCAGCUUGACAUCUGGCGCAGAAUUCAACAGCAUCAAAUCGAUCACUCUGGGGAGGAUUUUGGACCUGGAGGACCUUGAAGAAGAACUGGAUGAGGACCUGGACUGGUUGCCCUCGUUCGGCUUCACCGGUUGCCUGUCUGCUGUCCAGUUCAACUCCAUCAGUCCUCUGAAAGCGGCUCUGCUUCACUUGGACGGUCGGGUGUCGGUCUCAGGCCCUCUGGUGGAGUCCAGCUGCUCCUCCUCCUUCUCCUCUGUGGAUCCUCACGCUGCUGAGACGACAAACUCCCUAACAGAUCCGCCUGCAUCAGUGGAUCCUGGCCAACCAUUGGUCAACGCCAUCAGGAGCGAUUCCGCACUAAUCGGAGGUAUGAUCGCACUGGUGAUUUUCCUGACCGUCUCAGCUUCGGGCAUCAUGGCCAAGUUUGUCUGCAUCAGAAAAGACACGUACAGAAACCGGGAGGCGAAAACCGCGGCGCCCGAGGACCGAGCGGAGUUCCCCUUCAGCAGCCAGGUGGAGCCUCAGAGCCACCCGCCGGACCCCCAGAGAGAGUUCUUCAUUUAGCAGGACCUGGACAGAGCGGACAUGAAUUUGUACAGUUUUACAGGACGCCCGUGAACACGCCUCCCCUUGGAAGCCUGAAGAUUUUGCUUCAAUUCAAGAACAAUAAAUAUUAUCACCAGAACAUCUACCAUUGCAGACAUAUUUUUAAAUGUUGCCAUGAUAUGUGCGUUUCUACAUUUCCUCCUGUCGUACUCCGAUUAUUUCCGCCGUAUAUUUUCUACAAAAGAAGAGUCGAGCGUGAAAGUUCAUCAGUCCGUCUGUGUCUGUGUUUUUUUGUUUACAA